AUGUCUAUCGGAGUCGCGAUCAUCGGCAGCGGCAUAUUUGCGAAGGAGGAACAUCUGCCCGCAGUCCAAGCCUGCGAGCACCUCUCCCUCAAAGCCAUCUACUCCCGAUCCCUCAAAUCCGCGCAAGCGAUAAACUCCUCCGUCGAUCUCUAUUCCGACGAUUCGGGAUCCGGUAAAACAUACUAUGACCUUCUUCUGCGGUCCGACAUCCAAGCCGUUGUCAUUGCGCUCCCAAUCCUAACCCAACCCGAAUAUAUUGAAGCAGCGCUGGCCGCAGGCAAGCAUGUACUCUCCGAGAAGCCAGUCGCGAAGGAUAUCCAGAGCGCAGAGCGUUUGAUACAGUACUAUAAGAGCGAUAAGGUUAAGGGAGGCGCGACAUGGGCUGUUGCGGAGAAUUUUAGAUACUUGGGGAGUUUCCUGUUCGGCGCGCAGGAAGUCAAGAAAUUGGGAAGGGUCUUGGGUUUUAGAAUAAAGAUGUUUGGGAACGUGAAGCCUGGCGGAAAAUACUUUGAAACUGCAUGGAGAAAGAAGCCCGAGUACCAGGGUGGAUUCUUGUUGGAUGGCGGUGUUCAUUUCGUCGCUGGCACACGGUUACUUCUAGGAGAGGAGGCUCGACCUACUUCUUUAACGGCAUAUACGGCACUCCUCCAAGAACAUCUCCCGCCUGUGGAUACAGUUAAUUCUGUCUGGCAAACGAAAUCUGGAGUUUCCGGUACAUUCUCUGUAUCCUUCGGUACCACACUUUCCGGUAGCGAGUAUGUAAUUGCCUGCGAGAAGGGUAGCGUUACUGUUGGUUUCAAGAAGGUUACGGUCCGACAUGGUGAGGAAAAGGAGGAUAAUGCUGUAGUCACGGAAUUCAGUGAUGAGGGGUCUGGUGUCAAGGAAGAAGUCGCAUCAUGGGCUGAAAGUGUUGCCAGUGGCACUCCGAACCCCAAGCAAUCCCCCGAGGAAGCGCUUGCAGACUUGGAAAUUCUUGAAAAGAUGUUGAGAAGUGGUGAGGGUCAGGGGAAACCCGAGGGCCUACAAUAUCAGAUCUAG